GUAAUACAGCCAACAAACGAUAGUCCAGACAUAUAUAGCAUAUACUUUCUCGUGAUCCCACAAGCGCUAGCAUUCUUCACCGAUUUCUAAGCGAUUCCUCAUCGAAGUGCCAUCAAACAAGUGCCGGCUCUGAAAGAGACCACUCUAAUCACAAGCACUUUCCUGUGCAAAUCUAUCAUUAACCACUGAAAUUUCAUAUGAAAAUAGAUGCAGUGAGUGUUUGUUGAGUGACGAAGAAAACAGUAAAAUGCGCGGGAUUAGUGCAAAAAAAUAAAGGAUUAACUGCGACAGUACCUAUUAAUAGAUACAGUCGAGCAAUGGGGGCUUCAAGAAUGGUCAAAAAGAUGUCGCGAUAAGGGAAGCUUAAGCAAUUGGCAGCUAUUAUUAGCGAAAGCGUAUGUAUAUGAAGGAGGAGGAGGCGUGAUAAUUUGCGGAUAGAGGCAAAUUGUGAGUGAGAGAAAAUGGCACAGCGAAAGAAGCUCAUCUGCUAUGGUCUAUUCGGUGCUCUAAUUGGCUUUUGCAUUGGGAUGUAUUUGAGGAACUAUCGCGUGAUUGAAACAGCAAAUAACUGCCAAUUGAAGUCCGGAUUGCGAUUUCAAGGUCCAUUGAAAUUCAUCAACUUGGAAGCUAAUGAACUCCCGAGCAAUUCACAGAACAAUCUGGUGUUAAUUGGUGUAAUGACAGCAAAAGAUUUUCUGAAAGAACGUACAAAGGCUGUCUUUGACACAUGGGGCCAGAACUUUCCCGGGAGAAUUGCUUUCUUCAGCUCAGAAGGAUCAUAUUUGCAAGGACUCCCUAUAAUUGGAUUAAAAGGGGUCGAUGACCGAUAUCCACCUCAGAAAAAAUCUUUUAUGAUGCUCCACUAUAUGUACGAGCAUUACAUUGAUAAAUUUGAGUGGUUUAUUCGAGCUGACGAUGAUGUUUUUAUACGGACUGAUAAAUUGGAACAUUUUCUGCGAUCCAUUGACAGUUCAAAACCACAAUUUAUAGGUCAGGCGGGUAAGGGAAAUAGUGAAGAAUUCGGUCUUUUAUCUCUCGAAUAUGAUGAGAACUUCUGUAUGGGUGGACCAGGCGUUAUUUUGAGUCGAGAAACUCUCAGAAGAGUUGCACCUCACAUACCCACAUGCCUAAAAAAUUUAUAUAGUCUCCACGAAGAUGUUGAAGUAGGACGUUGCGUACAAAAGUUUGCAGGUGUUCCUUGCACCUGGAAUUAUGAGAUGCAGGCCAUAUUACACCAUAAUUCCAGUGGCAAUGAAGCCUUUACAGGGAAUUUGAAAAACAAGGAAGUCCAUAGUGCAAUUACACUUCAUCCAGUUAAGAAGUCUCCAAUUAUGUAUCGUCUCUACGCAUACAUGCAUGGUGUAAAGGCUCAAGAAAUGCGUCAAGAAGUUCUCAUGUUGCACCGAGAUAUUUCAGCAAUGAGUGAUUUACUGCACAUUGCAAAGUCAAGCAAAAAUAUUGCACCGGGAGUUCCUAUUUUCCCCAACACACUCAGACCACCAAAAUAUUUAGGUGAUCAUGAAAUUUUGGGAAUAAAUCCUACACUCACAAAAAGAUAUCCCAAUACUAGUAAUGAAUUGCUCGAAUGGAAUUUCAUUGCGAAGCAUAUGUAUUCAGCAACGCAUUUUAAUCCUAAACGUAAAAUUGAGAGUUCAGUGAAGGAAGGACUUGAAGACAUUAUUAGAGAGAUUAUGGACAACAUUAACAAUUACUCACGCCAACGAGGACGUGUGAUAGAAUUUCGUGAUAUCCUCUAUGCAUAUAGUCGACUAAAUACUCUCUAUGGACAGGAUUUUAUUCUAGAUAUGUUGCUCAUUUACAAAAAAUAUCGUGGAAAGAAGAUGACGGUUCCUGUUCGAAGACAUCUUUACGUCCAACGUGCUUUCACAGAUAUUCAAAUUCGCGAAACAAGUCUUUUCGGACUUAACAUUUCAUCUGAGAAAGAUGCCUACAGGGAGUUCACGGGAAAAGUAAAGAGAAUCUGGAAUACGGGUAUUGAGAAGCUAUCAAAUACUUUUACGCUCAACGUUAAUGAUAAGUCAGUAGCGGAAAAAGUCUUGCCAAAUAUUAUAUUUAUAUUGCCAUUAUCGGGUCGCCUUAAAACGUUCACAAGAUUUCUCCGUAACUACGAACAGGUGUGCCUAAAAAAUGAUUCCAAAACGGACUUGUUGAUUGGUUUAUAUAUUGAUGAGUCAUACAAUGAGGCUCUUGAGCAAAUAAAUAGAUUAAAAAUGCAGUAUCCCGAUAGAGAGAUAAAUUCCAUAGAUAUUUAUGGCAAUUUCUCCCGUGGACUAGCCCUAGACUUGGCAGCUAGAUCAAACUAUGCCUCUACGGAGGAUAUCCUGUUCUUCAUUGACGUAGAUAUUAUGUUUACAAUAGAAACAUUGGACCGAGUGAGAAGUAACACGGUGCAACAACAACAAAUAUACUUGCCAAUCGUUUUUAGUGAAUACAGUCAAAAUAGGAGGACUGAUGGUAGUGAAAAUGUUGAAAUUACAAAUGAUAGUGGUUAUUUCCGUGAAUUUGGCUAUGGCAUAUGUGCGAUUUACAAAUCCGAUCUUCUAGCUGUUGAUGGAUUUGUAACGGAUAUCAAGGGUUGGGGUUUAGAGGAUGUAAAAUUCCUCGAUCGUAUUAUUGCAUCAAAUCAUGGACGAGGAUCUGUGUUGAAUAAGAUUGGGCGGGAAUUGAGUGUCUUUCGCACAUCGGACACAUCUCUAACACACAUUUUCCACACAAUCCAUUGUGAUAAACUCCUGGACGAGUCCCAGUACAAGAUGUGCAUCGGGACCAAAGCCAAUACGAUAGGUAGCUAUAAAUUUAUUGAAUCACUAGUAUUAAAAAUGAACAAUUCCUUGAUGGUCACAAGACAGCAAAUAGUGCCUUAAAAAUGGUUGUUACAACUGAGAAUUUUGUGAGUCAAAGAGAUUUUUUAUCGUCGUGCAGCUACGCAAAGAGACUUUUUGGUCUCUUGAAUACCAAAAAAAAAAAAGAAAGAAGUAUACUGAGCAAGAUUUUUUGUAAUAAAGGAUGCAAAAAAUGCAGGGUAAAGGGCAACGUGUGUCUAAUUAAUACCAUGCUUUUAUAUAAAAAAAAAGAAUAAGUUAUUGUAUAUGUUUUAAAACUGAUCUCUAGAGAUUUUUUUUUCUUAAAAAUGGAAGAUGCAAAAUGUAUUGUCGAUUUUGUUAUUUACAGUGCCUUGUUAAUUUUUAGUUAUACUUAAGGCCAUAUUUUUAUAAGUUUCGUAAAGUAAUAAAAAAAAACUAUCCAAUAAGAA